CCAAAGAAGAAGCAGCAGCAGCAAGUGACGCACUUCCUCCUCCAGCUCCACAGUUGCAGGUUUAUGUGGGACUUGUGAGCGAAAGCAGCAUUUAAACUCUGCACUUCAACCGGCGGGUACAGCUCGGCAGCCUCACGUCGUGUGAGCCAGCAUCUAAACACAGCAACGACAGUAAAGGUCGCAGCGAGUCGCAGAACUAACACAAGUCUUAAUUGGCUUAAUAGGAUAUUUGUGCCAUGGCCAAGGUACAAGUGUUAAAUGUUGCAGUUCUGGACAACCCAAGCCCUUUUGGAAACCCGUUUCAGUUCGAGAUCACGUUUGAGUGCAUGGAGGAUUUACCAGAAGAUCUGGAGUGGAAAAUCAUCUAUGUGGGUUCAGCUGAGAGUGAGGAGUACGACCAGGUUCUCGAUUCAGUUUUAGUGGGCCCAGUACCAGCUGGCAGACACAUGUUUGUGUUUCAGGCUGAUGCUCCUAACACGGGGCUGAUUCCAGAGAGUGAUGCUGUAGGAGUGACAGUCGUCCUUAUAACCUGCACCUAUCGGGGACAAGAGUUCAUCCGCAUCGGGUACUAUGUCAACAAUGAAUACACAGAGCCUGAACUUCGAGAAAAUCCACCUCUAAAACCAGACUAUGCUCAGCUCCAGAGAAAUAUUUUGGCCUCCAACCCCCGUGUCACCCGCUUCCAUAUCAACUGGGACGGCUCUGCAGACAAGGUGGAGGAUAGUGAGAAUGUGGACCCGUCCCCCAACAUCAGUGGCAUGCUCCCUCCGUCCUGCUUACCAGGAAAGAUGCCACCUCUUGGACUGAUGCCGGACAACUCUAUGGACUGCAUGUAAGAGUCAUGAAGUUCAUAUAAUGGACAAGGAGCUCUUCUUAUCUAUAUACUCAUCCACAUCUCAACCACACAUUUGGACAGAACCCAUGGAUACACCUGUAUGGGAUGUGGACAUUUAACAGGACGCUCUGAUGCAGCAGCACUGACAUUUCCAAAUGGCAUGCAAAAAAAUAAGACCGGUCUGGCUGAAAUCAUUACCUUUGGUACCUCUCUUGUAUGUUAUUUUCCUCACAAAGUCAUAAAUUCACAGGCUGAACUGUCUGAAUAUAUAUUUUACUGUCAAGCAGUGGUGGAGAAAGUUUGGGUCAUCAGAAUUUGGGAUUGGUGGAUCUUUUGACUGGUUCACGCCAUCCUUCCAGCCCUAAGACGUUUAGGUCAUACUCAUGCCCAUUUCAUGUUGUUCAUUUUGCUCUCUUUAGCACAGUUGCGUUGUCUCAUCUAAUGCCUGACUUUAUAAGCAGAUCUUGGGUUGUGGUAGUGUUCACGACCCUCUUUCAAGAAUCUUUAUUCAAUGUUAUCUCGACAGUUAAGGCGGAGUACAACCGUGCAGCUGCAAGUUGAAUUUUAAAAGAUAGAUUUUAUCCCAGAGAUUAUCCACAUUAUUUGCGAAACGUACUUAUUUGAGCAGGUGCCAAUCAACAUACUCUCCUUUCUUUCUUCAUUUUUUGUUUAAUAUACAAGUAAAAUUCCCAAUACAUGAAGGUGAAAGAGAAAAAAGCAUGCCAUCUUGCUGUCUGGUUGUGUGGGUGAUGUCUUACUGUACAUAAUGUGUUCCAAGCGCUUAUUGUGUUUUCAAAAGUCUGAAGGCAUAUUUUCAUUUUGUACUUAACUAUAUAUUCUGUGCCUCAGUAUUUGUAACAAUGAUGGGAAUAAUAAAGUUGGUUUUGUUAAACUUG